AUGGCUAGACAAUCAGCCACAAAAGACCUGCCGGCCUUCAACGGUGAUCCGACAGCAUGGCCGAUGUUCAACCGGACGUUUACGGCCUCCACUGCAGAGUGUGGUUUCUCCAACCAGGAGAACAUGACCCGUCUGCAGAGAGCCUUGAAGGGAAAGGCUUUGGACAGUGUGAAGUCAAUGCUCGUCGUACCGGACAACAUUGAUCGAGUGAUGCACACUCUCCAGAUGCGGUUCGGCCAGCCGGACCAUGUGGUCCAGUCCAUGAUUGCCCAGGUCAAGACCAUGCCUAAGUUGCGAGACGACGACUUUGAGCAGCUUAUUGACUUGGCGAACUCGGUUAGCAACUUGGUGUCGACCAUGGAGCUCCUCAAGAGCACAGGCCACUUAGCUAACCCGCAGCUCCGCCAGGAGAUCGUGCAGAAACUACCGAGCAGCUUGACCCGUCAAUGGGGAGAGCACGUAGCAGAGUGCAAAGAUCCAGUGACAAUGAAAACACUGGCAGAGUGGCUCGCAAAGAGAGCAGAUGCGCUCUGUUGUGUUCGGAGACUCGACACGACGGCAGCAAAGUGUGUGUCAACAGGCAGCAAUAUGAAGCCGCCACCGACUGCUCGACAGAGCGGCCAGCGGCAGACUGCCUUCGUGGCCAGCGAGAGAAAGUGCGACUUCUGCAGACGGGCAGGCCACAAGGUGGCUGAGUGCCGAGAAUUCGCACGCAAGACGAGCAACGAGCGCUGGAGAUGGGUCAAGACAGAACGACGAUGCUUCACCUGCCUUGGCCAGGGCCACCGCACUAGAGAGUGCCCUGACAGUACGCCCUGUAAGAAGGAUGGCUGUGACCGGCUUCACCAUCCGAUGCUGCACCCACCAAAGAGGAAGGACGAUGUCGAACGCACGAACCUAGCUAGCGCCCAGCAGCAAAGCAGAGUCGUUCUGAGGACAGUGCCGGUAGCAAUCCGCGGACCGAAAGGUGUGGUGAACACGGCCGCACUACUGGAUGAAGCAUCAACGGUCACCCUGCUGGAUUCAGACAUCGCAAAGCAGGUGGGCGCAGAAGGGCCAUGUAGGCCAUUGACGCUAGCAUGGACGAACGAUAUGUGCCAGCAAGAUCCUGACUCCAGGGAGGUCACAAUCACCGUGAGCGGUCAGGACGGAGACCUCCAGCUGUCGGCCCGGACUGUGCGUGAGCUGCACCUACCAGCCCAGCAUGUCGACAUCAACCAUCAGCGACAGCGUUGGCAACACGUGAGCAGCGCAGACAUCCCUCUCAGCGCGACAAAGAAGCCGCGCUUGCUGAUUGGCCAGGACAACUGCCAUGUUAUCUUGCCCAGGGAGACGAUCGAGGGCCCACCCAACGCACCCACACUGAGCCGGUGCAAGCUGGGGUGGUCGAUACACGGCCAACUCGGUGGCGCUGAUCAGGUACUGCAUGCCCGACUUGACACAGCGGAAGAAGGCAGUGCCGAGGACACGGAUAUCGGUCUCCACCAACAGGUGAAGCACUACUUCACCACAGAAUCGUUCGGUGUACAAGUCCGCAGCGAGAAAAUACGCUCGCGACAGGAAGCGAAGGCGGAAAGGAUCCUGGAAUCCACCACGAGACGUAUCGGGGAACGAUGGGAGACCGGCUUGCUGUGGCGAGACGCUGACGUAAGCCUACCGGAGAGUAAAACGUCAGCAACGCGCCGCCUCCUGUCCAUUGAACGCAAGAUGGACAGGAACCCUGCAUUCUCUGAAGCGUACUGCGCCAAGAUUGCACAGUAUAUUGACGACGGAUACGCCACCAAGCUCACACACUCCCAGCUCCAGAUGCCUUCUCAGAGAGCGUGGUACCUGCCACAUUUUGGAGUGACAAACCCCAACAAGCCAGGCAAGCUGCGCCUAGUGUUCGAUGCAGCUGCGCCAAGCCACGGGGUCAGCCUCAACGAUGCCCUGCUGCCAGGCCCCGACUAUCUCAACCCUCUCACCAGUGUGCUGUUCAAGUUCAGACAACACCGCGUGGGGUUCGGAGGGGAUAUCCGACAGAUGUUUCACCAAGUGCACAUCCGACCUGACGAUCAGCCUGCACAGCGGUUCCUUUGGCGAGGCAGUGACAGAGACCGUGAACCUGAUGUCUACCAGAUGAGAGCCAUGACAUUCGGCGCUGUAUGUUCGCCAGCAUCAGCCCAGUAUGUAAUGCGAAGAAAUGCAGACAAAUUCCGGCACAGCGCGCCAGAUGCGGUUACUGCAAUCCAUGACAAGCACUACAUGGACGACUACUUCGACUCGACGCCGACGGCAGAAGAAGCAGCCCAACGGAUCAAGGAAGUGAGUCAAAUCCAGGAAGCCGGAGGCUUCUCCAUCAGAGGCUGGGUCAGCAACUCACCUGAUGCUCUUGCUGUCGUACCACCAGAUAUAUGCUCACCGCCGGUAGUCACUAUUAGCAGCGACAACGAGACUGUAGUGGAGAAGACACUCGGUCUGAAGUGGUUGCCACGGGAAGACGCGUUCGGCUUUAGUCUGAGCCGUAGACUGGAGCAAAGCAACACAACAGAAGUGACAAAACGUGAAGUCCUACGCAAGCUGAUGUCUGUGUUCGACCCCCUUGGUUUCUUCACCUACUACACCACGUCGGCUCGCAUUCUGCUACAAGACAUUUGGCGCACAGGCGUCGGAUGGGACGAGCCACUGCCAGGAUCUCUCGUCCAAAGAUGGACGGACUGGUGGACGGGAGUGCACAACCUCGGGAGCAGGUCAAUUCCGCGUUGCUACUGCACGGCUAUUGCGGACAGAAAGGGCCUGGAGCUUCACGUGUUCGGAGACGCCAGUGAGUCAGCAUUCGCCGCAGCAGCCUACUUCAGGCUAUCGCUACCUGACGACAGCACCAGAGUCGCAUUCGUGUUUGGCAAGUCCCGAGUUGCACCACUAUAA